AUGGAAGCUCCAAAUCCAGCUUCAAAAGCUGACGGAACUGAUGAGGAAUCAAACUCAUCAAUAAAAGAGCAGUAUUUAUUCCUGUUAGAAUUUUUCGUUCACUACAUAACCGGGGAUCGGGUUCUGAAAUUGAAUGAAACUCUUCGAGGGCCAACAAGUAUACAAUUAAAAUUUCUCAACAUUCAAAAUGAAGCAAUUGAAAUAACCCCAACAGACCAUGAGUUAUCUUCACUUGCGCGUCCAGGAAUUCGUACACACGAUGUUGAAAAAUUUUAUUCCGGUCGGUCAAUUUUAUUCGCGAUACCUCAGAAAGUUGUGAUAAAUAAAAAUGCGGAAUUUAAAAUAAAUAUACGAGCGUUGAAAAAAAUGCCAGAUGAUAUUCAUCCUGACGUUCUGAUUGGCACUGGGGAGCUGGAUAUCACCAACGAAUUUGCCGGUUUGAGGAAAGAAAUGUUGCAAUGUUGGAAUUCCGACAUACCACCGGCUAAAAAUUACGAAGGGCCUGUUGAAAUUUAUUACAAUGAUCAGUUAGCAGCAGUGGUACUUGCUUACGUCCGUAUAUCAACAUUUGGCCAAUCAAUUGUCACCGCGUUCGACGCACCAGCAGACAGAGCUGGGUCAUUUGUAUUCAAAGGUGACGUUAAAGACCAAGAAGGGCUGGCUUACGACUGCAAAGUGAUCACCAACAGUCUCAUGAAUAUAAAAGCUGCUAAUCAACGUUCAAAUAAUAAAUUGGACCGUGAAUUUGAUCAACCGUUUUAUUGUCCCCCUUGUCAAGAUGGCGGCAAGGUCACUCAAGUCAUUGAUGUCUACGAAGAUGAUGUAAUAGGUGAAGACACAUGUGAAAACAUUUAUAAAGCUCGUGGGUAUGCCGGGGAACCACGUGGGCAGCCGCUUGUAUUAAAAGUAUCCGGAGUGAUAGACAAAGACGGCAACGUUGAUAGAAAUAAUCUACUGGACGAUAAUAGGGACCAUGAUGUAUUCGUACUGAGAAUCGGCAAAAAGGGUCUUGUUGGAGAAGGGGAAAAAUCCGACAUACAAAUUGAAAUGCGGACACCGAAAGCGUUUGUUGAAUCUUCGCCUGUAAGAUGCGAAACACGCGAAAUUCAAACUGAUGACUUAUAUAAAUUAUAUUUGCAUAAAAAUGUGACGUUUGGUAAAAAAAAAUAA